UCUAUAUCUGUGUUACCGUUUAAAUUAUGUCAAUAGUUUAUUUUUAUUUCAAAUUUUUCAUUGUCAGUGGUGUACAGAAAGGUGUGUUGGUUUGUUCUACGGGUGGGGCGAAUGCUGCGCUCACAGUACUCCCGCCCGUCGCCGCACACUGGGAAGACAUGGGAAAGUCAAGCAAGGCUCAAGCGAAAGAGCCAGAAGCGGUGAUAAGUGAUGUGGCGACGCAGCGCAGCAUCCCCGGUGGUGACGGCGGGCUCGGCGGUCAUGGCGAGGGUCUAGGCAAAAUGUACAAACCGCAGUUCCGGAUGCUGAAGAAAAGCCCUUGCUGCGAUAUUUGCUUUAGGAUAUUGUUCCUUGCUGUUGGGUUUCUUACUGUGCUGCAAUCAAUCGCGGUGAUAGUGGUAUCAGUAACAUCAGCACUGGCCAUCAAGAUCUACAGCGAUGACCUGUCGGGUCGAUUGGUGGCUAUCGUGGUGAUGCUCGUAACCGCUGCGAUUGCCAUCUCCUUUGUCAUCUAUGGUUCCAUCGGGGCUGUGAGGAAGCAAAGGCGACCUGUGCAAUCGGCAAUCUCAGUCCUAGUCGUCGUAGCAGUGAUCCAAGCGGUGAUACUGAGCGUAUCUUUGAUCGUGACGACAGAGGACGAAGUCAAAUUGGGCCGCUUCCUCUCAGACUCCUUCAAACUGGCACGCGACGACAAUCCCAGACAUGUGAAGAUCUGGGCAAGGACACAGCAUGAUCUCAAUUGCUGCGGUGUGUACUCUGCAGAAGAUUACCGAGCGCCAAACUUCCCGACUUACUUCGCAGCAAAUGUCCCAAUCUCCUGUUGUCCCUCCUAUGACCCGGACAGGUCAGAACUAGUGCAGGAAAGAGAGAGAGAAUCCUGCAAAGCCAAGAAGGAAUACUACGAUAUUGGAUGUAGAAACCUCAUCAUAAAUGUCUUCAAAGAAACAUUGCAAACUUUACUUGUCGUAUCUAUAUUUGAAAUUCUGCUAGAGAUAAUCCUCAUAAUAGUAGGAGUAAUAUUGGCACGAAAAGAUAAAGAACAGCUCACAGACCGAAAUGACGUUCCUCCGAUUGAUGAAGUGAUUACGACAGACAAAAAGGGAAAAAGCAAACCGUAGAAAUAAAAUAUAAGGCGCAUUUAAAACUGCCAGACAAAAAACAACUGAAUACAACGAAUUUAUUAUAUUAAUACUUUAACGGCACUCUUUUAUAUUGUUUAAUGUU